AUGUUGAUGAAAGAAACAACCCGAAAUUUGAUUUUUGGAUGUAUUUCUGUGGUAGGAGGUAUUCUAAUUCAUUUUGGUUUCGGGUUCUUUUACAGUACUGCUAAUAUGGUACCUUAUAUAAUGGGCUACAGUAUAGCUCGUGUUGAUCCUAACUUGCCACCUACAGCAUCAAUAUGGUUAUCUGCUCUUACUCUUGCAAUGCAAGGUGUGUCGAUGUCUUUAGGUGGAAUUACUGAAAAGAAAUUUGGUUUUCGUUUAGUUGUAGCAAUCAGCUGUUUACUUGACAGCGCAAGUAUUCUGUUGACGUAUUUCACGAUUCAGAGAUCUUUUCCUGGUGUUGUAAUUACAUACGCUGUGCUGCAAGGCUUGGGUUUGGGUUUCGGCUAUUCUGUGGUUUUAGCUGUAGCCUCAACGUGGUUUCCGGAACGCCGCGGUCUAGUGGUUGGCCUCGUUGUUGGUGGUUUUGGCUUAGGUGCGGUGGUCUUCACUCCGAUUGAAACAGCACUUAUCAACCCAGGAAAUAUCCCUGUUGACAAUAUAACCAGGCAGUUUAACCACCCUGAUGUUCUAGAUCGAGUUCCAGUAUCAUUUUUGAUUCUCGGUGGAAUCGUUCUUGUUAUACACAUUGUUGGCUUUAUUAUGCUACGUUCAAAACCAACACAGAAUGCGCAGAAUUCACAGUUAGAAAUGACCGUACGGAAUCAAAGCAAUUCUGAUCAUAAUGCUGUAAUUUGA